AUGCCGGUCCUAUUUCAAUCAAAUUCAACAAGGGUCGUGGAAGCAAAAUCAACCAAGGGUUACAUUGCUCUAUUUAUUUGUCUCGCUACUAAGGCACUACACAUCGAGGCAGUCAGCGAUUUAACCGCUGAUGCAUUUUUAGCUGCUUUGCGUCGCUUCAGUGCUAGACGAGGAGCUCCAAGUCACAUUUACAGCGACAAUGCAACAAACUUCGUUGGGGCUAAUCGAAAGCUCAGCGAAAUACAACGAUUGUGGGCUUUACUUCCUAAGAACGAAGCCGUUGCUCAUCAUUUAACUCAAGCAUCAAUAGAAUGGCACUUUAUACCUCCAGCAUCUCCUCAUUUCGGAGGAAUUUGGGAGGCCGCAAUUAAAUCAACCAAAUAUCACUGUAAAAGAGUAAUAGGUGAAACGCUACUUACUUUCGAAGAAUUGACAACUCUAUUGGCUCAGAUAGAAGCCAUUUUAAAUUCUCGUCCGUUAUGUAGUUAUGUAGUGAGACGUGUGAUCCUAUCCCCUCCUGAACUACCUCUUACUAGUCCUGCCAAUAUACGGAAUAGGUGGGAUCUCCUUCAAAAGAUGCGGAAGGACUUCUGCAAAUCAUGGACCAAAGCAUAUCUAUCUUCUCUUCAAACCAGAAAGAAAUGGAAGGACACUCAGCCGAAUAUGAAAAUUGGAGACAUCGUCCUGUUACUAGAUGAUGGUCAUCUUCCAGGUUCUUGGCCACUAGGACAAGUGGUCGAACUUCAUCAUGGUGCUGACGGACUGGUUCGUGUGGCCACGGUUAAAACUAAAAGCUCUAUUUUUAAAAGAAACAUUCAUAAAUUAGCUCCUUUGCCCAUAUAUCAGGACUAA